CAUCUUGAGCCGGGGGGGGUGGAUCUAGACAAUCAGAGCUCGGUGCAGGAUCCUGCUCCUCCUCCUCCUUCUUCCUUCCUUCCUUCCUCCCAAGAGAGGCAGCUCGCUGUCAGGAGGCCAGGGGGGUGAGGAUCCCGGCGAGCGACGCACGCAGAGAGCACCCCGGCGCUUUUUGCCGACCUCCGAGAGAGUCUCCUGUAGCCCCGCGGGGUCAAUUCUGUGCCGAGAUCCAAGCUCCGACGAUGUCGAGCCGCCGUACCAAGGGGAAGUCCUCGUUCAGGAAGCGGCCUCAGCGCGCCACCUCCAACGUGUUCGCCAUGUUCGACAAGUCGCAGAUCCAGGAGUUCAAGGAGGCCUUCAACAUCAUGGACCAGAACCGCGACGGGCUCAUCGACAGAGAGGACCUCCAGGACAUGCUGGCCUCUCUCGGAAAGACCCCGACGGAGGAGAUGCUGGAAGAGAUGAUGGGCGAGGCGUCGGGGCCCAUCAACUUCACCAUGUUCCUCACCAUGUUCGGGGAGAAGCUCAACGGCACGGAUCCCGAGGAUGUCAUCCGGAACGCCUUCGCCUGCUUCGAUGAGGACGGCACGGGGCGCAUCAACGAGGACCACUUCCGCGAGCUCAUGACCACCAUGGGGGACCGCUUCUCGGACGCGCAGGUCGACCAGCUGCUGGCGGCUGCUCCCAUUGACCAGCGCGGGGAGCUCAACUACCUGGAGUUUACGCACAUCCUCAAGCACGGAGACCGCGAAAAGGACGAUCAGUAGUCGAGGACGAUGGAUGGCUCGCGCUGGACGGCAGCGGCACAGACGGCUGCGGGACACAACGCGUGUACUCGAGGGCUUUUCGAUUUCAAGCUUUCGUGACUGCAAGGAUUCAUCUUCUUUGGUUCUUUCGGUAAAGUCACCACGUAGAAUGAGAAUAAAAUAAUAAAAUGACACAAUA